AUGCCUUCUAAUUUUCAUGUUACUAAACCACCUUUUAUAGAAGAUAGAGAGACUCAUGAUGUCAAUCAAGAGGAUUAUCGAAGAUUACCAGAUUGUCUUACUGAGUCUUUAAACGCUUUAGAGAAAGAUGCGUUGUUUAACGAUAUGAAGGGUGAAAAUCUUGUGGUUUGCUUAAAAGCAAUUCGUAUAUCCAUGUCAGAUGAAAUGGACCUCCUGGCUGAGCAGGUUAAGAUGCUUAGUGUUAGCGGAGAGAUUGCAUUCAGUAGCAGUACAUUGAAGCGGUUGAUGGAGCAAUCUGUAAAUGAUCCCGAGAGUUCAAGAAAUCAAGCAUAUUCUGUUGUUAUUCUUUUUCAAUCUUCAAAACAAUUUGAUGAUUAUGUUGAGGGGAAAUGGAAUUUCCCAUGGAAACAUAGGCUGUCAAUAGCAGUUGGCAUAGCAAGGGGUUUCGCGUACAUAUACAGAAGUUCAAAGAAAGAAAUUGUGAUUCCUCAUGGCAACAUUAAGCCAUCAAAUAUUCUACUAAGCGAAAAAGGGGAGCCAUUAAUAAGUGAGUAUGGAUAUUGCAAAUUCCUAGACCCCAACAAAAGUUGCCUCUACAAGGACAAUGUUUACACAGCCCCUGAGAAAAAAUUGACAGAAGAAACUGAUGUCUAUAGCUUUAGGGUGAUUCUGCUAAAACUGUUGACCGGUAAAGUUGUGGAGAAGACAAGAUUAGACCUUGUCAAAUGGAUGAAAUCCAUAGUGAGGGAAGAAUGGACUGGAGAAGUGUUUGAUAGUGAAGUUGCAAACUUUGAAAUGUAUGCUUUUCCUCUACUAAAUGUAGCACUCAAGUGUGUGGAUCGUUUGCCAGAGGAACGACCUACUAUGGUAGAGGUUUUGGAGAUAAUCGAUGAAGUUGUGAAUGCUCAAGAAGACAUUUCUCCUUCUUCUAUGACUUCUUUUGAAUCCACCCCUUGUUCAAUGAAACAUAUGUAUGUCAUUUAG